UCUUCUCUCUCCGCAACCCCAUACUCUAGCAUCUAAUCGCCGCAGCCCUAGAAACCCGCCCAAACCACACCAUCCAUCCGCUCAAGCCGUCCUCCACAAUGCCAUCCUCCCAAGCCCUCAUCCCAUACCGCCCCUCCAGCGCCCUCCUAGCCACCCAAUCCCCAACUUCAUCAGGCAGCCUCAUCCCCACGCGCCUCUUCACCGCGCAAACCGGCACCGCCCUCGCAACCGAGCUCCUCUACCGCCUCCUCAUCGAGCUCAUAAACCGCCUUCUCUCCUCCCUCCAGCGCCUCGCAUCCUCGCGCCUCGACGCCUUCUCCUCCUUCCUCGAGCGCAACAGCGCUGAGCGGCGCGCAGCCGCCGCCGCCGCAUCCGCCGGUAGUACGGAUAAAGCGAACGGAUUGAACAUAACGCAGGAAGUGGGCAAGGCGGCGCUGAAAAGGGGCUUUGUGGGCCCGGAGACGGUGGUGUGUCCGAUGACGGGCGAGGCGCUGGGUAAGGGUGGCGGUGGCGCGCGGGCGUGGGGAGGGCCUGUCGGGCCGCCGCGGUGGGUGAGGGGCGUGCUGGAGGGGAUUGAGGAGGGGAGGGUGGGGGAGCAGGAUAUUUGGGCGGGGAAUCCGUUUAGGAAUUGA